AUGAAAAGGUUUCUUAGUUGGUGUACUUGUGUAGUUAUAGGAACCACAAUACCGUUGGGCCUUUCCACACUCAGUUUAUGGUACUUAAAUGUUGACAAGGAAAAAAACGAAAUUCAUUCUUAUAAUAAUGAAUAUAGGAGAAAGCAAAGAGAGAACUUAUUAAAGGAGAAAAGCAUAAAUUAA